CAGGAUUCAGCACCAAGAGACUGAUGACCUGAAUAGUCCGUCAAACCAGUAGUCCGUAGAAUAUAGUUGAGGAAAAGCCGUGAACAGAAAACUUGGAUGUUCAAGAUGACGACCACCACCACUUUUCAAGGCAUGGACCCGACCGGGAGGAGCAGCUCCAGGUGCUGAUAGAUGUCUGAAGGAAGAUAACAAUGCUCAUUCGCUUUAGGUUGCAACAAACAACAAUUUAUUUAAUCGCUUUAAUGUCCAAAGACGUUAUUUGAGAGGCAAUAUAACCGACAAAAUUACUCUCCAGCUAUCUACGAUAGCUACUAGUUUAAAAUCGGGUGGAGAUGCUAAUGAGAAAUGAGCAAUAUCAUAUGCACAAAUACGUUUUGGAGAUGAAAUGACACUAGAUUACAGAGUGCUGCAUCCACCAGGUGGAGAUUCAAACAUCUGCUUUGGGACAGAUGAACUGAAAGCUGUAAAGAAAAACAAAAUGGCAUCUAGUAUAUUUUCCGAACCUGAGGACCCUCAUGCCCAUCGAAGGAACAAUCCACCAGGUGGGAAGCCUACAGGUGUGUUGUGUGGAGAGCCAUCUGCCCCUCUCAGAAGAUGUACUGCUCAACCCGCCAAUCAAAGUAACACCACAGACGAAAAUAAUGUAGCUGUGAAUGGUGAGGAAAACUCGAUCACUGUUGAUAGCACAGAAGAACCUGAACCUGUUCAGGAGCAGGAUGACACACCAGCUCCACCUUACCUCUCUGCAAGAGAGCAGCAUACCGCCGAGGUCCCUUCUGGUCGUAGAAACCCACCAGGGGGUAAAUCCUCUCUCAUCUUAGGCUAAGGAUUUGCCUCACUUAAGGAUAAGAUCUGGGCCUAUGUGAGAUGAGCAUCUCAGAGUAAAUGUGCUGUUCUGUGGUCAGUGCCCAUCCUCUGCAUAACUGUAUUCAUACAAUGAUAUAAGCCACAAAGAACAGAUUAAGAUCAGGACAGUUUAGACAGAGAAGAGUGCAACAGAUCUUUGAGCUGUGAUUUGUUCAAAGAAAGUCUUUGAAGUUGUUAAGUGUAGGUCUCUCAGUCUUGUCUUGACUAAGAUUAGACCCUUAAGAGUGCAUUGCUACUCUCAGAUCCUGCAAAUCAUAGCUUGCUGGUUAAGACAGUAGGUUUGAAUUAUUCCAUGUCACAUCCAUCAUUGAAUAAAAUACAAAUCUGAAAUGUUUGUAGAUGUUAAGGAAAAAGUAUAAACCUUGACUUACAGAUCGCUGAAAAUAUAUUUAGUAUAAAAGAACAAAAAACAAUACGAUCAAUAAAUACAAUUAAGAGUUAAAAGAACAAAAAACAUGAGAGUGCAAUGAAAUAUUAUGCUCUAGUAAAUAACAGGUGUGCCAAAAAAGAUGCAUGUGAGAAAGCUGUUAUUAUUUUGUUUGUUUUAAAAAAAAUAAAACAUUCACAAAAAUAAAUUCAUCAGCCGCAGUGUACAGUCAUUGCAUCUAAUCUGUCAUCAAGUAGUCCAUCUUCAACAAAAAAUUCUCAUUGCCUUGUUACGUUUGACCUAUGCCAAAACGGUGCUCUGUGUUAUUCUUUGACUCCUUGGAGGAAGUGUGGAACAGAGUCUGUACAUUUUUUUUAAUGUAUAUGAGCUUUUCUCAAAUAAACAAAAUAAUAAAAAUG